GAAUAAGAUUUUAUAGUAGCGGCCUACUUACAAUUAUAAAAUGUCAUCACAGUGUUUAUUGGAUAAGAUGGAAACUGAUGAUCCAACUGAAAAUUCGCAAACGUUUUAUGGUUGUAACGCAUGUAAUAGACUAGCUAAAUCUACCAAACGGUCAACCUGUGGUCAUACAGUAUUUGUUUUUAAGUCGUUUAUACAUAGCCGAGUAACCAAAGAACUCUGUCGUAUAUUAGGAAUUAUAAUUGGAGUUGUAACAUUUAUAAUAGGAUUACGUUAUAGACACGAAUGCCAUUUUGAACCAGCGAUUCCAGUGUUCUUAAUGGUGUUAGGUUCAGUGUUAUUUUUACAAACAGUGUUCAGAACGUUAUUGUUAUUUCGACCUAAAGUGAAGGUGUUAGAGGGCGAAAGAGAGGGUCUAGAUACACCCGGAACUCUCAUCAAAAUACAAGUUUUAUUCUUAAUACUUUGGGUUAUGGCAGGAUCAGUGUGGAUAUACAGUGCUAAAGGAAUAGUGCAAUUUCAUAAUCCAAAAACACGCAAUUUUUGUGAUAAAACAGUAUUUUGGACAUCAUUUGGUAUGGUGACUGCGUCCUACACUCUUACAAUAUUAAUUGUAUGUUAUUUUAUAACAACCUAUAUCGUAUUACGACUGAAAACCAAACAAGAAUCUGAAAGAAAAUCUAGUGAAAAUUCUGUAUACUCAAAUAAUAAUUUUAAAUGCAACAAAAAAUCAUCUGACGUCACCGUAGAUGGAAUUAUGUCGUUGGCUUAAACUUAAACUAUUUGAAAUUGGAAAAUGUCUGGAAUCUCAUCAGCAGUGAUCGCAUUAGAUUUGUAUAUUAAUUGAACGUAUAAAUGACUGUAAGCGUGUACAUUUUCUGUUGGUUGUUUCUCUUCAAAGUGGAAAACUAUAUCAGAAAUAAUUUAUUAGCACCCACAGGAGCCUAGAACAACCAGCGACCGCACCAAAUGGCAAAGCGGGUCUAUUGAGUACAAGUUUUAAAUCAUUUUCAUUUAGCUUUUCAACACUGAUAUCAAACUAUUGUGUUAGUUUGUGUUGCGUUCAUUUUCAGACUCUAUAAACUAUAACGUAGGCAU